AUGAAGUCCAGUGGCCUCUUUCCUCUCAUGGUGCUCCUUGCUCUGGGUGUCCCGGCACCCUGGAGUGUGGAAGGGGGCAACAAUGAUGCUGUCAAAAUCGGAGCCUGCCCUGCGAGAAAGCCUACCCACUGCCUUAAUCCUCGGAAAUCACAGUGCAUUAAUGACUGGGACUGCACAGGAAAGGAGAAGUGCUGCGACGUUACCUGUGAUCUCAAAUGCCUGAGGCCUCUUCCCAUUGGCAGACCAGUGAAGAAGAAGUCUGGGAGUUGCCUCAAAUUUCAAGGAAAAUGUCUGAUGCUUCCCCCUUUAAAUCAGUGCCACAACGAUGGCCAGUGUGAUGGCAAAUACAAAUGUUGUGAGAGCAUGUGUGGGAAAUUCUGCCUUCUCCCAAUGUAA